AUGUUGAAGGUUUGCAUGUACUAUUUAAACUUGAUCAAUAAAAGAAAUUAUAUGACAGUUAAGAGGACAGAUGAUUGGUUAAAGAAAAGUACCGAUGACUACAAAGCUUUGGUAUAAUCUAAAGAUGCUAGAAAUCAAUUAAUCAUUUAAGCACAUAAUGCUCGUGGUAUUAGAAAUUAUUCUACAAUUGAAUAAGAGAAAUAUAACUCUAUUGAUAGAAUUGUUUAGCAAUAAGAGCAGGAAAUUAUUAAACGGGAAUCAAGUAUAAUAGAUGAAAAAUAGAAGAUUAUGAUCAAGCUUAAGGAGGAUUUAAAAAAUUCCCAGCUAAAAUAAAUUGAAGAAUGUAGAAAUAAACGUCUAUAGGAGAAAAAUUAUAACAAAACAGUAGAGGAUUAGCUUAUAAAUAGGAGCAUAAAUGAUUAUCAAGAAUAUCAAAUAAAGUCAAAGCUUGAGAAAUUUUAAAAGUAAUAGUAAAUGAAGCAAGAAUUGGAAGUGUUAAUGAGACUUAGAAAGGAAUAAGCUCAAGAGAAUAAGCUAUUACUUAAUCCGAUAGAAUUCUCAAUGAAUAAAAGAUCGUUAAAAGAAUUAGGCAUCGAAAAUUUUCAUGAUUAAUACGAGGAAGUAUUAUCACCGGGCCAAAUAUAACAGUUUUGA